UUGGUCGAGUCGGCGAGGGCCGGAGCGCCGCUUGCAGCGCCAUUGAGGAGCGGCGGAGAGGAAGCGCCGCGCAGUGCCGGGCUUGGGCGGGCGGCCCGGGACACCGACGGAUUCUUCCGUGACCAUGAGAGAGAGAAGUAAAGAAUGAUCGGCGAUCUUUAGGCACCUUGUCCUGGGGAUAUAGUCAUGUUGGAAGGGCUUGUCGCCUGGGUUCUCAACACCUACCUGGGGAAAUACGUCAACAACCUGAACACCGACCAGCUCUCUGUUGCGCUUCUGAAAGGUGCUGUUGAGUUAGAAAACUUGCCAUUAAAGAAAGAUGCCUUGAAAGAACUGGAAUUACCAUUUGAAGUCAAAGCCGGCUUAAUUGGGAAGGCGACCCUGCAGAUUCCCUUCUACCGCCCCCACGUGGACCCCUGGGUGAUUUCCAUCUCCAGCCUGCACUUGGUCGGAGCCCCCGAAAAAGUCCAGGAUUUCAACGAUGAGAAGGAGAAGCUGUUGGAACGGGACCGCAAGAAGGCCCUGCUUCAGGCCCUGGAGGAAAAAUGGAAGAACGAGCGCCAGCAGAAAGGGGAGUCCUACUGGUACUCAGUCACCGCCUCGGUAGUUACGAGAAUCGUGGAGAACAUUGAGUUGAAGAUUCAGGACGUUCACCUGCGCUUCGAAGAUGGCGUCACCAAUCCUUCCCAUCCUUUCGCGUUUGGCAUCUGCAUUAAGAACGUGUCCAUGCAAAACGCCGUGAACGAGCCGGUGCAGAAGUUAAUGCGGAAGAAACAGUUAGAUGUGGCCGAGUUCAGCGUCUAUUGGGAUGUCGACUGCACGUUACUGGGGGAUUUGCCGCAGGGGGAGCUCCAGGAGGCCAUGGGCAGGAGCAUGGACAGCCGCGGCCACCGCUACAUCUUGGAGCCCGUGUGCGCGUCGGCCCUGCUAAAGAGGAACUGCUCCAAGGAGCCUCUGCGGUCUCGGCACACGCCCCGCAUUGAAUGCGACAUCCAGCUGGAGACCAUUCCCCUGAAGCUCUCUCAGCUGCAAUACCGGCAAGUCAUGGGAUUCCUCAAGGAGCUGGAGCGGAAGGAGAGGCAGGUGAAGUUUCGAAAGUGGAAGCCCAGAGUGGCCGUCUCUGAGAACUGCCGGGAGUGGUGGUACUUCGCCCUGAACGCCAACCUGCACGAGAUCAGAGAGCAGAGGCGGCGCUGCACCUGGGACUUCCUGUCCCACCGCGCCCGCGACGCCGUGUCCUACACCGACAAAUACUUCACCAAAUUGAAAGGAGGCGUGCUGUCUGCGGACGACAAGGAGGAACUGCGUCGGAUCGAAGAGGAGCAGAGCUUCGAGGAAUUAAAGAUUCUGCGAGAGCUGGUGCACGAGCGAUUUCACAAAGAGGAGGAGCUGGCAGAGAGCCUGCGGGAGCCUCAGUUUGAUUCUCCGGGAGGCUCCCCUGGAGACCCAGAAGCCGGCGGAGGCAGCGGCAUGCUGCAGUAUCUCCAGUCUUGGUUUCCUGGCUGGGGCGGCUGGUCUGGGCAGCAGACCCCCGAAGGGAAGCCGGGCGAGGGGCUGUCGGCAGAGCAGCAUGAGCAGUGGACCCCCGAGGAGAUCCUGGGCACCGAGGAGUUUUUCGACCCCACUGCGGACGCCUCCUGCAUGAACGCGUACACCAGGCGCGACCACGUCUUCGCCAAGCUGAACCUGCAGUUGCAGCGAGGCACCGUGACGCUGUCUCACCGGGAGCCGGGCGCCCCUCGGACGGAGGAGAGCGCUUUCAUGCAGCUCGAGUUUUCAGAUGUGAAACUCCUGGCAGAAUCCCUUCCUCGGAGAAAUUCCUCCUUGCUGUUAGUCCGGCUGGGCGGACUGUUUCUUCGGGACCUGGCCACGGAAGGAACGCUGUUCCCUCUCCUGGUCUUCCCUAAUCCCCAAAAAGAAGUUGGCAGAGUCUCACAGUCUUUUGGUCUCCAGACAACAUCUGCAGACAGAAGCGAACACUAUCCUGCCGCGGACCCCGACGCCCCGGUGUUUGAGAUGCUGUACGAGAGGAACCCAGCGCACAGCCAUUUCGAGAGGCGGCUGAAUGUCAGCACCAGGCCCUUGAACAUCAUUUAUAAUCCCCAGGCUAUUAAAAAAGUAGCAGACUUUUUCUACAAGGGAAAGGUUCAUACCUCAGGCUUUGGGUAUCAGUCCGAGCUCGAGCUGCGAGUGGCUGAAGCUGCCCGGAGGCAGUACAACAGGCUGAAGAUGCAGACCAAGGCAGAGAUCCGGCAGACUCUCGAUCGCUUGCUGGUGGGCGACUUCAUCGAGGAGAGCAAACGGUGGACUGUGCGACUAGACAUUUCCGCCCCUCAAGUGAUAUUUCCGGAUGAUUUCAAAUUCAAGAACCCCGUCUUAGUUGUCGUGGACCUGGGAAGGAUGCUGCUGACGAACACCCAAGAUGAACCCAGCAAAAGUGGGGAUGGGUCAGCCUCUGAAGAGAACCAGUUCAGUGACGAGGAGUACAAGACCCCCCUCGCCACCCCUCCCAGCACCCCGCCUCCCGAGGCGAGCAGCGGUGCCGGGGAGAAAACGCCUCCGUUCUCCGCGGCCGAGUUCAGCGAGGAGCAGCUGCAGGCGCACCUGCUGAGCACGAAGAUGUACGAGCGGUACUCCCUGUCGUUCAUGGACCUGCAGAUCAUGGUGGGGCGGGUGAAGGACAACUGGAAGCACGUCCAGGACGCCGACGUGGGGCCAACCCACGUGGUCGAGAGGUUCGACGUCCAUCUGCAGCUAGAGCGCCGGCUGAUCUACACGUCUGAUCCCAAGUACCCCGGGGCCGUGCUCUCCGGCAACUUACCGGACCUGAAAAUCCACAUCAACGAAGACAAGAUUUACGCCAUCAAGAACUGCUUCUCGCUCCUCACCACUCCCGACGUGAAGACGUCUGACCCUCAGAUUAAAGAGAAGAUCUUCCCCCAAGAGGACCAGCGGGGAAGCUUGCAAGACUCGGUCAUGAACCUGACGCAGAGCAUCGUGAUGCUGGAGCAGCGCACUCGGGAGGUCCUGGUGGAGUCCCAGCUCCUCCUGGCCGAGUUCAAAGUGAACUGCAUGCAGCUCGGCGUGGAGAGCAACGGCCAGUACAUCUCCGUGCUCAAGGUGUUCGGUACCAAUGCUCACUUCGUGAAGAGGCCUUACGACGCCGAAGUCUCCCUGACCGUUCACGGUUUGCUGCUGGUGGACACCAUGCAGACCUACGGUGCAGAUUUUGACCUUCUGAUGGCUUCGCAUAAGAACUUGAGCUUCGACAUCCCCACGGGCAGCCUCCGGGAUAGCAGGGCCCAGUCUCCUGUCUCUGGAGCCACCGUGGCCCCCCUCCCUCACGCCGCUGCGCUGAGCAGCCCGCCAGCGCCCGGCGUCUCGCUGGACAGGAUUCUCACCAAAGAGCAGGAGUCGCUCAUUAAGCUGGAGUACCAGUUUGUGAGCUCGGAGUGCCCCUCGAUGAACCUGGACAGCUCCCUUCAGGUGGUUUCACUGCAGGUGAACAACUUGGACAUCAUCCUAAACCCAGAGACAAUCGUGGAGCUGAUUGGUUUCCUUCAAAAACCCUUUCCCAAGGAAAAGGACGACUCGAGCCCCCAACCUUUAAUGACUGAUUUUGAAAGCAGCUUUAGGGGACAGGGAGCUUACCAAGCUACGUACGAACAGAACACGGAGGUCGCCGUGGAGAUCCACCGUCUUAACCUGCUGCUCCUUCGGACGGUGGGGAUGGCCAACGGAGAGAAAUACGGCAGGAAGAUCGCGACCGCGAGCAUAGGUGGCACCAAAGUCAACGUCUCGAUGGGGAGCACCUUCGAUGUGAACGGCUCCCUCGGCUGCUUGCAGCUCAUGGACCUGACGCAGGAGAACGUUAAGAACCGGUACGUGGUCAGCAUCGGCAGUUCCACGGGCUACGAAAACAUCCUCAGCGAUAUCGGCUACUUCGAGUCCGUGUGCGUGGGGGUGGAGGACGCGGCCCUCAGCGAGGCCCUGAGUUUCACGUGCGUGGAGAAGUCGAAACAGGAGUGUUUCCUCAGCCUCAGGAUGGCCUCCCUGCACUACAACCACUCGGCCAAGUUUCUGAAGGAGCUGGCCCUGUCCAUGGACGAGCUGGAAGAAAACUUCCGGAGCAUGCUGAAGAGCGCGGCCACCCGGGUCACCACGGUGCUGGCCACCAAGACGGCCGAGUACAGCGAGAUGGUGUCGCUCUUCGAGACGCCGCGGAAGACCCGCGAGUCCUUCAGCUUGGAGGACAGCGACCUGUACGGGCUCGGCCCCGCCGCCUCGCACGCCGACACCGUGAAGCUGAUCUUGAACGUGAACAUCGAGUCGCCCGUGGUGUCUAUCCCUCGGAAGCCUGGGAGUCCCGAGCUGUUGGUCGGGCACUUGGGACAGAUAUUCAUCCAGAACUUCGUGGCGGGCGACGACGAAUCCAGAAGUGACCGUCUGCAGGUGGAGAUCAAAGACAUUAAACUAUACUCUCUGGACUGCACCCAGUUGGCGGGCAGAGAGGGUGCCGGGUCGGACGCCAGCCGGGCGUCGUGCCCUCCCUCCGGGCCGGCCAGCGCCAGCAGCCAGGAGGAGGCCCACUUCACCCGACACGACUUCUUUGAGUCUUUGCACAGAGGCCAAGCCUUCCACAUCCUGAACAAUACCACCAUCCAGUUCAAGCUGGAGAAGAUCCCCAUAGAGAGGGAGUCCGAGCUGACCUUCUCCCUCAGCCCCGACGACCUGGGCACGUCCAGCAUCAUGAAGAUCGAAGGGAAGUUUGUCAACCCCGUUCAGGUGGUGUUAGCAAAGCACGUGUACGAGCAGGUUCUGCAGACGCUGGACAACCUCGUGUACAGCGAAGACCUGACCAGGUUCUCCACCAGCGCCGCCUCCUCGCCCUGCCCCAGCUCCCCGCCGCCUCCCCUGGGCGCCUGCGGCGAGCCUUCUGCCGAGAGGAAGGAGAACGGGUUGUUCAGCCACUCUAGCCUUUCCACCUCCUCCCAGAAGUCCCUGUCCGUGAAGGAAGCCAGGUCCUUCACCCAGAUUCAGGCCAACUUCUGUAUCGCCGAGCUCCAGGUUCAGCUCAGCGGAGACCUGACUCUGGGGGCCCAGGGGCUUGUGAGCCUGAAGUUCCAGGACUUUGAGGUGGAGUUCAAUAAGGACCACCCUCAGACCCUGUCCAUUCAGAUCGCCCUGCGCUCCCUGCUGAUGGAAGACCUGUUGGAGAGAAAUCCGGAUUCCAAGUACAAGAACCUCAUGGUGUCCCGGGGAGCCCCCAAGCCGUUAAGCUUAGCACAGAAAGAGUAUCUUUCCCAGUCUUGCCCCUCGUUGUCCAACGUGGAGUACCCCGACAUGCCUCGGUCUCUCCCUUCCCACAUGGAGGAAGCCCCGAAUGUCUUCCAGCUGUACCAGAGGCCCGCCUCGGCACCCCGCAAGAGGCCGAAGGAGGUCCCGGACCAGGACUACCCCCUGACGCCCCCUCCGUCUCCAACAGUGGACAAGCCCACGGUCCUUGCCGGAAAGAGUAAAUUUGAUGACUCCCUGGUCCACAUCAACGUGUUCCUGGUGGAUAGGAAACACCCGGAGUUCUCGUCCCUGUACAACCGGGUUAACCGGAGCAUCGACGUCGACUUCAACUGCCUGGACGUGCUCAUCACGCUGCAGACCUGGGUGGUGAUCCUGGAUUUCUUCGGGAUCGGCUCCACCGCGGACAACCAUGCCAUGAAGGUCCUGCCUGAGGACGUCCUGCAGAACGUGAGGUCCGAGUCCAGUGCCCUGCUGGCGUCCGAGCUGCAGGAUCCGGUUAACACCAAGCUGGACCUCAAGGUGCACUCGCUCUCUCUCGUGCUGAACAAGACCACCAGUGAGCUUGCUAAAGCGAAUGUGUCCAAACUGGUGGCACACGUGGAGAUGAUUGAGGGUGACCUGGCCCUGCAGGGGAGCCUCGGGAGCCUGUCUCUCAGCGACCUCACAGCCCACGGGGAGCUCUACCGGGAGCGGUUCACCACCAGCGGGGAGGAGGCACUCAUCUUCCAGGCUUUCAAGUAUGGGCGGCCCGACCCGCUGCUGCGCAGGGAGCACGACGUCCGCGUGAGCCUGCAGAUGGCCUCCGUGCAGUACGUGCACACCCAGCGCUUCCAGGCGGAGGUGGUGGCCUUCAUCCAGCACUUCACGCAGCUGCAGGACGUCCUGGGGCGCCAGCGGGCCGCGAUCGAGGGGCAGACGGUGCGAGAUCAAGCCCAGCGCUGCUCGCGGGUUCUCCUAGAUAUCGAGGCUGGCGCUCCUGUUCUCCUCAUUCCAGAAAGUUCCAGAUCAAAUCAUCUGAUUGUAGCAAAUUUGGGGAAAUUGAAAGUCAAGAACAAGUUUCUCUUUGCUGGUUUUCCUGGGACCUUUUCCUUACAAGAUAAGGAAUCCGUGCCCUCAGCUUCCCCAGGGGGCACCCCAAAGCACAGUGUGAGGAAGACGACGAGCACAGAGGACCCGAAGGGCCCCCAUCCGGAGGGGCUCUUCAUGACGCCGCCUGUCGGAGCGAGCCUGGGCAGCCUGAAGAGUGAGUGUGCGCCCAGCAGCUCGACCAAGCGGCAAGGGCAGCAGGCCACACCCUCCGCCGGCCAGGUGUCCAGCAGUCCAGAAGACCACGUCUGCCUGCUGGAUUGCAUCGUCGUGGACCUGCAGGACAUGGACAUCUUCGCGGCAGAGAGACACCCGCGGGAGGACGCUCAGGCCUCGGACGGCGGCGGGGGCGACCUGCUCUUCCCCUCCUACUUCGUGCGGCAGACCGGGGGCAGCCUGCUCACCGAGCCCUGCAGGCUGAAGCUGCAGGUGGAGAGGAAUCUGGACAAAGAGAUCAGCCAUACCGUGCCGGACAUAUCCAUCCACGGCAGCCUGUCCUCGGUGCACUGCUCCCUGGAUCUGUGCAAGUACAAGCUCAUCCGCGGGCUGUUGGAGAACAACCUCGGAGAGCCCAUAGAGGAGUUCAUGCGGCCUUACGACUUACAGGACCCGAGAAUCCACACCGUUCUGAGCGGAGAGGUGUACACGUGCGUGUGCUUCCUCGUUGACAUGGUGAACGUGAGUCUGGAGCUGAAAGAUCCAAAAGGAAAAGAAGGUGCUGGGUCCCUAGCCAGAUUUGACUUCAAGAAGUGUAAACUGCUCUACGAGAGCUUCUCCAACCAGACCAAGUCUGUCAACUUGGUCUCGCAUUCCAUGAUGGCCUUCGACACCCGCUACGCGGGGCAGAAGACCAGCCCCGGCACGACGAACGUGUUCAGCUGCAUCUUCCAGCCCUCCAAGAACAGCAGCACGACCCAGGGCUCCAUUCAGAUCGAGCUGCACUUCAGAUCUACGAAGGAUUCCUCCUGUUUUACAGUAGUUCUCAACAAUCUCCGCGUGUUUCUCAUAUUUGACUGGCUGCUGUUAGUCCAUGAUUUUCUCCACACUCCCAGCGACGUUAAGAAACAGACUAACGUUACUCCUUCUCGCCACCGCAACGCAAGUAGUGAACCUGCUGCAGUUCCCAAGACCGUGAAGAGUGGAGUAGUUACUAGGCGGUCUUCCCUGCCUAUGUCCACGGAAAGGCAUCUGGAGGUCAAGGUCAAUGUAACAGGCACGGAGUUCGUGGUCGUGGAGGACGUGUCUUGCUUCGAUACCAACGCCAUCAUUCUCAAAGGCACCACGGUGCUCACCUACAAGCCCCGGUUCAUUGAUCGCCCCUUUUCAGGAAGUUUGUUUGGCAUCGAGGUGUUUUCGUGCCGACUGGGGAACGAGCACGAUACGGCCCUUUCGAUUGUUGAUCCAGUGCAAAUUCAGGUGGAGCUGGUGGGGAAUUCCUCCUAUCAGAACAGUUCAGGGCUGAUGGAUGCGUUCAACAGCGGAGACUUCCCGCCCGUCCUGGAGAUUCAGUUACAAGCCCUGGAUAUCAGACUCUCCUAUAAUGACGUUCAGCUGUUUCUUGCCAUUGCAAAAUCCAUCCCUGAGCAAGCUCAUGCGGCAGUGCCUGAUGCAGUGGCCUUGGAGGCCAGUUCCGGUGGCAGUCACCUGCCUGGGGCAUCUGGAAUCGGAGAGGAAACCAGAGAAGGGACAAGACGUACCCUAGAUCCUGUCUUGGAGCUGCAGCUGGCCAGACUGCAGGAGCUGGGCUUCAGCACGGACGACUGCCGCAGGGCUCUCCUGGCGUGUCACGGCCAACUGAAAAAGGCAGCGAGUUGGUUGUUUAAGAACGCCGAGCCUCUGAAGUCUCUUUCCCUGGCCUCCAAGAGCCGGGAGAGCCAGGGGACGCUGCCAGCUCAGCUGGUCUCGGGCGUGGAGAUUAAAGCCGAGAGCGUGUGCAUCUGCUUCAUCGACGACUGCAUGGACUGUGACGUCCCUCUCGCCGAGCUCACCUUUUCCCGUCUGAACUUCCUUCAGCACAUACGGACCAGCCCCGAAGGCUACGCCCACUUCACCCUUUCUGGAGACUAUUAUAACCGUGCUCUGUCAGGCUGGGAGCCAUUUAUUGAGCCCUGGCCCUGCACCGUGUCCUGGCAGCAGCAGGCAGCCAGCCGUCUCCAUCCCCCUCGCCUGAAGCUGGAGGCCAAGGCCAAAACCCGUUUGGACGUCAACAUCACCUCGGUGCUCAUAGACCAGUAUGUGAGUACCAAGGAGUCGUGGAUGGCAGAUUACUGCAAGCAGGACAAGGAGGCGGACUCGGCCCUGUCAGAAGACUGGAUGGGCUCGUCAGUGGAUCCCCCGUGCUUUGGACAAAGCCUCCCCCUGGUCUACCUUAGAACUAGGAGCACAGCCAGUCUGACUAACCUAGAGCACCAGAUCUAUGCUCGAGCAGAGGUGAAAACCCCGAAGCGCAGGCAGCCCUUCGUCCCCUUUGCCCUGAGGAACCACACAGGCUGCACUUUGUGGUUCGCCACCCUGACCACCACCCCCACCAGGGCCGCCCUGUCUCACAGCGGGAGCCCAGGGGUGGUUCCCGAAGAGAACGGAGCCUUUCUCGACGAUGCUCACAACGUCAGUGAGUGGCGGGAAGUCCUCACGGGCGAAGAGAUUCCCUUUGAGUUUGAAGCACGUGGGAAGCUAAGACACAGACACACCCAUGACCUCCGGAUUCACCAGCUGCAAGUGAGAGUGAAUGGCUGGGAGCAAGUGAGCCCUGUGUCCGUGGACAAAGUGGGGACCUUCUUCCGAUACGCGGCACCGGAUAAGAAUUCGUCGUCCUCUACGAUUGGCAGCCCCGGCAGCAGAACAAACAUCAUUCACCCCCAGGUUUACUUCUCCUCCCUCCCCCCCGUCCGGGUGGUCUUCGCGGUGACCAUGGAAGGCAGCGCCCGGAAAGUGAUCACUGUGCGGUCCGCCCUCAUUGUGAAGAACAGACUGGAGACCCCAAUGGAGCUGAGACUGGACAGCCCGUCAGCUCCGGACAAGCCCGUGGUGCUUCCCGCCGUCAUGCCCGGGGACUCCUUCGCUGUGCCUUUGCACCUCACCUCCUGGCGGCUGCAGGCCCGGCCCAAAGGGCUGGGCGUGUUCUUCUGUAAGGCUCCCAUUCACUGGACCAACGUGGUGAAGACGGCGGAGGUCAGCAGCAGCAAGCGGGAGUGCCACUCCAUGGACACGGAGAAGAGCCGGUUCUUUAGGUUUUGUGUGGCCAUAAAGAAAGAGAAUUAUCCAGAUUACAUGCCCUCAAACAUAUUUUCUGACAGUGCGAAACAGAUUUUCAGGCAGCCCGGGCAUACCAUAUACCUCCUGCCGACGGUGGUCAUCUGCAAUUUGCUCCCUUGUGAACUUGACUUCUAUGUGAAAGGAAUGCCCAUCAAUGGGACGCUGAAGCCUGGCAAGGAGGUGGCUCUCCACACAGCGGACACAUCCCAGAACAUUGAACUAGGGGUGUCACUGGAGAACUUUCCGCUCUGUAAAGAGCUGCUCAUCCCGCCUGGAACCCAGAACUAUAUGGUGAGAAUGCGACUCUACGACACCAACCGGCGGCAGCUGAACCUCACCAUCCGGAUCGUGUGCAGAGCGGAAGGGUCCUUGAAGAUCUUUAUUUCUGCACCGUACUGGUUGAUUAACAAAACGGGGCUGCCGCUGAUCUUCAGGCAGGACAACGCCAAGACGGACGCUGCAGGCCAGUUUGAGGAGCACGAGCUGGCCCGGAGCCUGAGCCCUCUGCUGUUCUGCCACGCCGACAAGGAGCAGCCGAACCUCUGCACGAUGAGAAUCGGAAGGGGGAUCCAUCCCGAAGGCAUGCCGGGCUGGUGUCAGGGCUUCUCCCUGGAUGGCGGUAGUGGUGUGCGAGCUUUGAGAGUCAUCCAGCAAGGAAACCGCCCCGGGCUGAUCUAUAACAUUGGUAUUGAUGUCAAGAAAGGCCGAGGUCGAUAUAUCGACACCUGCAUGGUCAUCUUUGCCCCCCGUUACCUGUUAGAUAACAAGUCGUCCCACAAGCUUGCGUUUGCACAGAGGGAGUUUGCCAGGGGACAGGGAACAGCCAACCCCGAGGGCUACAUUUCCACCCUCCCCGGCUCCAGCGUGGUGUUCCACUGGCCCCGGAAUGACUACGACCAGCUGCUGUGUGUCAGGUUAAUGGACGUGCCCAACUGUAUCUGGUCUGGAGGCUUCGAGGUCAACAAGAAUAACUCCUUCCACAUCAACAUGAGAGACACCCUGGGAAAGUGCUUCUUCCUGCGCGUGGAAAUCACGCUCCGCGGAGCCACCUACAGGAUCUCCUUCAGUGACACGGACCAGCUGCCCCCUCCCUUCCGAAUCGACAACUUCUCUAAGGUCCCCGUCGUCUUCACUCAGCACGGCGUGGCCGAACCCCGGCUCCGGACCGAGGUGAAGCCCAUGACGUCACUGGACUACGCCUGGGAUGAGCCCACCCUGCCACCCUUUAUCACCCUGACUGUCAAAGGGGCAGGCUCCUCUGAGAUCAGCUGCAACAUGAAUGACUUCCAGGAUAACCGACAGCUGUAUUACGAAAAUUUCAUUUACAUCGCUGCUACCUACACAUUCUCUGGUUUACAGGAGGGGACAGGAAGGCCCGUGGCCUCCAACAAGGCGGUUACCUGUGCCGAGCUCGUCUUAGAUGUCUCCCCGAAGACACAGAGGGUCAUUUUAAAGAAGAAGGAGCCGGGGAAGCGCUCACAGCUGUGGAGGAUGACCGGCGCGGGCAUGCUGGCCCACGAGGGCUCCGCGGUGCCCCACAACCCCAGCCGGCCCCCCGCCGCCCGCCCCACCGAGGGGUCUGCCAUCUUGGACAUCGCCGGGCUGGCGGCAGUCACCGACAACAGGUACGAGCCGCUGAUGCUGCGGAAGCCGGAUCGCAGGCGGAGCACGACGCAGACGUGGAGCUUCCGCGAGGGCAGGCUGACCUGCGGGCUGCACGGGCUGGUGGUCCAGGCCAAAGGAGGACUUUCUGGCCUGUUUGAUGGAGCUGAGGUUGUCCUCGGUCCUGACACUGCCAUGCAGCUUCUGGGGCCAGUCCCACCUGAACAGCAGUUCAUUAACCAGAAGAUGAGGCCGGGCUCUGGGGUGUUAUCCGUCAGAGUCAUCCCAGACGGCCCCACCAGAGCACUCCAGAUAACAGAUUUCUCCCAGCGGAAAAGUGACCGUUCAUCAUACGAAAUGGAUGAACUUCCUGUCACCGAGCAAGAGCUGCAGAAAUUAAAGAAUCCAGACACAGAGCAGGAAUUGGAAGUGCUUGUGAAGUUAGAAGGUGGAGUUGGGUUGUCCUUAAUUAAUAAAGUCCCCGAAGAACUGGUCUUUGCAAGUCUUACGGGGAUCAACGUGCACUACACGCAGCUGGCAACCAGCCACAUGCUCGAGCUCAGCAUACAGGACGUACAGGUGGACAAUCAGCUCAUCGGCACCACUCAGCCCUUCAUGCUCUACGUGACUCCCCUGAGCAACGAGAACGAGGUCGUCGAGACAGGCCCCGCCGUGCAGGUGAACGCCGUGAAGCUCCCGAGCAAGAGCGCGCUGACCAACAUCUACAAGCAUCUGAUGAUCACGGCUCAGAGGUUCACGGUGCAAAUCGAAGAGAAGCUGCUCCUCAAGCUGCUGAGUUUCUUUGGUUACGAUCAAGCAGAGUCAGAGGUUGAAAAAUACGACGAAAACCUCCAUGAAAAGACGGCUGAGCAAGGCGGAACGCCAAUUCGCUACUACUUUGAGAAUCUCAAAAUCAGCAUCCCCCAGAUCAGGCUGAGCGUGUUCACCUCCAGCAAGCUGCCCCUGGAUCUCAAGGCCCUAAAGAGCACCUUGGGGUUCCCGCUGAUCCGAUUUGAAGACGCCGUGAUUAACCUGGACCCGUUCACUCGGGUGCACCCCUACGAGACCAAGGAGUUCAUCAUCAACGACAUCCUCAAGCAUUUCCAGGAGGAGCUCCUCAGCCAGGCCGCUCGGAUCCUGGGGUCGGUGGACUUUCUCGGCAACCCCAUGGGGCUCUUGAAUGACGUUUCCGAAGGGGUGACCGGACUGAUCAAGUACGGAAACGUCGGGGGCCUCAUUCGAAACGUUACACACGGAGUGUCAAACUCUGCGGCCAAGUUCGCGGGGACCUUAUCGGAUGGCUUGGGAAAGACGAUGGACAAUCGGCAUCAGUCGGAGCGGGAGUAUAUCAGAUACCACGCGGCCACCAGUGGCGAGCACCUCGUGGCCGGCAUCCACGGCUUGGCUCACGGUAUCAUUGGUGGACUGACCAGUGUUAUAACCUCAACAGUGGAAGGCGUGAAAACAGAAGGGGGCGUCAGCGGUUUCAUAUCUGGCCUUGGGAAAGGGCUCGUCGGCACGGUGACCAAGCCGGUAGCAGGCGCCCUGGAUUUUGCAUCAGAAACUGCCCAGGCGGUGAGAGACACAGCCACGCUUAGUGGCCCCAGGACUCAGGCGCAGAGGGUGCGGAAACCGCGCUGCUGCACGGGGCCCCAGGGGCUGCUGCCCCGCUACUCGGAGAGCCAGGCGGAGGGGCAGGAGCAGCUGUUCAAGCUGACGGACAACAUACAGGACGAGUUCUUCAUCGCCGUGGAGAACAUCGACAGCUACUGCGUGCUCAUCUCCUCCAAGGCCGUCUACUUCCUGAAGAGCGGGGACUACGUGGACCGGGAGGCCAUCUUCCUGGAAGUCAAGUACGACGACCUCUACCACUGCCUCGUCUCCAAAGACCACGGGAAGGUGUACGUGCAGGUGACCAAGAAGGCGGGGAACACCAGCAGUGGCGUGUCCAUCCCCGGCCCCUCCCACCAGAAGCCCAUGGUCCACGUGAAAUCGGAGGUCCUCGCCGUCAAGUUGUCACAAGAAAUAAACUAUGCAAAGAGCCUGUACUAUGAACAGCAGCUGAUGCUACGGCUCAGUGAAAACGAGGAGCAGCUGGAGCUGGACUCCUGAGGAAUCCCGGCUUCCCAGCGCGGAUGGCCGGCCGAAAGGGGGUGCUUCGGCCCCGCCCCCACCAGUCAGGCGCCUCCGUCGGUCGGAGGCCGCACGGAGUCCCGGCUGGGGGGCGAGUCCCAGUGCGCGGAGAAGUUCAUGCUGAUGGAGGGUGUGGAUGGGAACCAACCGUGUGGAUUCGUGGGGUGGGGGUCACCUGAGAUGAUGGGGAAGUAAUUUUUAAAAGGCGCUGGUUGGCCACCGUAACAAAGCAAGUGCCCGGAGACGAAGGUGAUCUUUGGAUUGCCCCGCAGCUCGUGAGCGUGUAUAUAUGUACAACUGUGUGUUUGUAAAUACAUAGGCGCGUUUCCACACAGGGCCUGUGAUGUGUGUGAAGGCUUGUUCACUGUAAAGUAAUAUAAAGUUAUAUUGGAUCUUCUAUUGCACUAACUCUACACGGCUAAUUCAGGGUAUUCUCCACAAAAGGCACUCUUGAAAGUUGACAAAUGUGAGGUUGGAAACCAGAGAACUCGCAGCAAAGGACUGACUGCGGCGGGGUGGGAGGGGCUCAGCCUGCCACCCAGGGAACCGCGGUGCUGGGCGGGGCCGGGGGCGGGGCCAGGGGCAGGCGGGAGCUGGCCCUGAAAGGGGCAGGGGCGUGGCUCGGGAACCCAGCUGUGAUUUAUUCCCCACCCUCCCUCACUUUAAAGGGAGCCCUUAGGUUAUCACAAAUUAUUUUUUUAUCUGCCUAUUUCCUUGGCUUUCUCCUGAUGGGUCUUGCCAACCUAAAAGUUUUUCCUGGGUUAUUAUCAGAGAGGGUCAGCUUGAAAUACGGGUGGGCUCUGUUGAUUUAGAAGGGG